AUGCCACCAAGAGCCAGAAGAAAUACAAAGAGGAUUGACUACUCCAAGUUUGCCGAUCCAAGUGCCCAGAAUGGCGUUGAUAGUGAUGGAGACGAAGAAGUGAAAGAUGCUGAUUUACAUGAAAGUGAUAAUGAUGAUGAUGAUGUUUUAGAAGAUGGUGACGAUGAACCAAUUGAUGAGGAUGUUACUGAAGAUGAAACUAUAGAGGAGGAAAUACCCAAAGCUAAAGCAAAGAGUAAGAAGGCUCCAAAAACAAAAAAAUCAACUACACCACAACCCGAAAAUGGAAACAAUACACCCGUUAAAGAAAUCAGAUUGACCAAACAUAUUACAAAUCUAAAAGAGAAAUUCUACAGAUUCUACGGCGCAAAUGAGGACAAACUGGUUGAGGUCUUGAAAUUAAGAAGAGCUUGGGAAAGUUCAAUGUUUGAUUUCCCUUCAAGUCAACUCAAAGAAUAUAUUCCUUCAGUUACGAUUAAAGAUGUUCCAAAAGCAAAAUUUACUGAACUUUCGAAAGAACAGUUCAACGAAAAAUUUCCGCUAGAAAGAUCAAUCAACUUUGGGUAUAAUGAAAAUCCAUCAGAGACAAUAGCUCCUGGUGGAAUUGCUCCAAAUCAACGUGCACAAGUCAUAAACACCGGUGGGUUAGUGACUGAUAUAGCUUGGUUGUCCCAUGGUUCAGAAGCUGCAGAGCAAAUACUAGCUGUGGCAGUCUCAGAUAUAUCAGAUACAUCUAUUGCCCCUGAAUUCAGUCUGCUGGGUUACAAAAAUUACAAAUCUGGGUUCUUGAUUUACUCACUAGAUACCCAAACUUAUACUUUAACAUUAAUAAAAGCAGUUAUACACAAUUGGGGUAACAGUUGGGACCUACAGUGGAAAAAUCAUAGAGGUAUGGGUGUCUUGUCUGCUGUAUUCAAUGACGGAAAAGUAAGGCUGAUACAUUUUGAUUAUGAAGAUGAAGAGGAUGUUUCAUAUACAGAAAUAACAGAACCUUCUUUUGAGUAUGAGUUGCCGAAUAUGAAGAUUACUUCAUAUGACUGGCUAGGAGAUAAAAUAAUUUGUGGUACCGAAAGUGGGUAUGUUGCUGAGUUUGUUCUGGGUGAUAAGGUGCCUUCUUAUGUUCAUCAUAUUCAGUCUGGAUACAUAUUUUCAAUCAUAUCAGCUGAAUCAAAAUAUGAUGAAACAAUGAUUCUCACAUCUUGCGCUGAUGGCUCAUGUGCCCUAAUGUCCACAAAAGAUUUCCAAUCAACUAAAGUCAUAACACCAAAGACUAAAUCCAUCUCCAAGAGCAUUGCAUAUUCCCGUCAAUUAUAUUCUUUUGUUCAACUUGAUGCCCAAUACAGUGCAAAACUAACACUUCUUAGAUCACUUUUUGUUGUGACGUCAGUUGUGAAACAUGAUGGCUCUACUGAAUCAAUUGCCACUUCUAACUUACACCCAAUGCUUCUUUCAGGUGGUGCUGAUGGUAAAGUUAAAAUCACAAACUUAAUGAGAAGAAUAUUAAAUGGACAGAAACAAACCCUUUCAAAUCAUAAAAUCUUAACGUUAUGGGAAUUGCAGUAUAGUGCAAACGAAGAUCUUUAUAGACUUGUGGACAAUUUGAAAGUUGAAACACUUUCUUCUAAUGACAAUACUAAUGUGUCUAAUAUUUAUCCACCUGGUGUUUCAAUUAACUCCAUAAAAUGGAAUGAGAAUGAAAACGCAGGUAAAUGGUAUGCAGCAGGUUCAACUUCAGGUUUAGUGAUUGUCGGAAGUUUACAAUGA